AUGGGUUAUAAUGUGAAGCGCGUUCUGGUUGACCAGGGAAGUUCAACCGAUAUCCUCUUUUGGGAAGCUUUCGUGGGAAUGAAGAUCCCCAACGACCGACAGGUGCCUUACGCGGGAACUCUGGUAGGAUUUGCAGGAGAUCAGGUUAUGGCUAGGGGAUACACCGAUCUAGAAACGACCUUCGGUCAGGGCUCGCAGAUGAAGACGGUGACCAUUCGAUACUUAGUGGUGGAUGCCCAGUCGUCGUACAAUAUACUCAUCGGCAGGCCUACGUUGAACAAACUGGAGGCCGUUGUAUCAACCGCGCACCUAAAAGUGAAGUAUCUGUUGCCUAAUGGAGUGGUCGGAGUCCUCAAGGUGGACCAGGAGGUUGCUCGGAAGUGUUAUGCGGAUAGUUUGAAGGCGAGAAGAUGCUUAUACACCACACCUGUUGAAAGACACAUUCAUUCCAUCGAGCUGGACCCUAGAAUGGGUCAGUUUGAUCAUCGACCUGCCCCUGCGGAAGACGUCAAGGAAGUGAAGAUAAUGGAAGGGAGAAAUGUAAAGAUAGGGACCUCUUUAACUCCUGAGGACGAAGAGAAAUUGGUGAGGGUUCUAAAAGACAAUGUGUCGGCAUUUGCGUGGAAUUCUAGCGACAUGCCUGGAAUUGUUCCAAAUUUCUUGUGCCACAAGUUGGCUAUAGACCCUAGCGCGAAGGCAGUAAUCCAGAAGAGGAGGAAGUUUGGAGAGGAGAAACGAAGGGCCAUUGCGGAAGAAACAAAGAAAUUGGUACUGGCGGGACAUGUCCGAGAAAUUCAGUAUCCGACAUGGUUGGCGAAUGUGGUGAUGGUUCGCAAGAGUAAUGGGAAGUGGAGGAUGUGCACGGAUUUCACCGAUCUUAAUAAGGCUUGCCCGAAGGAUUCGUAUCCGCUGCCUAACAUAGACUAUUUGGUCGAUGGAGCGUCAGGAUACGAGUUGUUGAGUUUCAUGGAUGCCUACUCGGGCUACAACCAGAUACGUAUGCAUCCGACAGACGAAGAUAAGACGGCCUUCAUAGCAGAUCAGGCUAAUUUUUGUUACAGGGUUAUGCCGUUUGGCUCAAAGAACGCGGGGGCAACCUAUCAACGAUUAAUGGACAAGGUAUUAGUAAAUCAACUGGGUCGGAAUGUGGAAGCUUACGUAGACGACAUGGUGGUGAAGUCGGUGAGCACUGGUCGGCAUUUUGACGGUUUGCAGGAUCUAUUUGACACUAUCAGUGUGUACCAACUCAAGUUGAAUCCAAAAAAGUGCUCAUUUGGGGUCCAAGCAGGAAAAUUCCUUGGUUUCCUGUUAACUCAUUGCGGCAUCGAAGCAAACCCUGACAAGUGCUCGGCCAUCAUCAACAUGAGGAGCCCAUCUAUGGUGAAACAGAAACCCGACCUGGCAGGCCGAAUGAUGAAGUGGUCAGUUGAGUUAUCUAAAUUCUCAAUAAAGUAUGAACCAAGGGGAGCAAUCAAGGCCCAAGCAUUAGCUGACUUCCAGAUGGAACUGACCCCUCUUGUUGAGGAGGGGGGAGUCGGAGAAACACAAUGGAUUCUAUCGGUGGAUGGCGCUUCGAACCUAGGAGGAAGUGGAGUUGGAAUUGUCUUGGAAGGUCCGGGUGGCAUACUGUUGGAACAGUCACAACGCUUCGAGUUCCGGGCGAGCAACAAUUAA